AUGAAUAAUACAUUUAAAUAUGAUGAAUUAUGUCCAUGUACAACAAUAACGUAUGAAAGAGCCCCCCGCACAUUUAGUUCCAUUAUUGAAUAUGGAGAUGAGCUAUUAUUGAGCUUUAAUCAGCAACUCCUUAAAGCUGUGCUAGUUGAAAUAUUAUUAACGGAACAUGUGAAAAGGUUAAUUUCAGUUGAGUUAAAAAAUAAGAAUAAGUGCAAGUUAUCACAUACCAGUAAUAGUAACAAUAAUUAUAAUUACAAUAAUAAGAGUAGUAGUUGUAGUAACAAUAAUGAUGAUAAUAGUAAAAAUUUACGUAUAUCCAAAAAAUUCCUUGAGAAUAAAUAUGUGAUGAGACCGUUAGCAAAUAAUGACAUUUUUAAUAAUACCAAACAUAUAUAUAAUGAAGAAUAUUACGGGAUAAAAUAUAAACAUUGUAAAAUAAACAAUCAGCCAGAGUACACUCAUGGGUGUUAUAGGGAAGGUAAAAAAUUUUCCAUUGGUGAUGUAAAAAAUAUAAAUAUAGGUAGUAAAUACGGGGUAGAAGUAAAAAGUAAGAAGGUUAAAAAAAAUAAAAUAAAAAAUAAACCUAUUAAGAGAAAAAAGUACGCCGUAAGAAAAAAAAGCAGAAAAGAUGACGUAAAUAGUAGUAGUACAUUUUUGUCAAAUAAUAAAGGUGCUAUGUGCAUUUUUAAUAAUUAUAUUUCUGAUUAUUUUUUGUGGAAGAAUUUAGUUAAUAGUUUUAACAAUAUAAUACAAAACACUAUUUUUGAGAACAUAUUAAAGUUUAACGUAAGUGGCAAACGUAUGUUAACUAGUAAGAAAUUAAUGAGGUACAAAGAAUGGGAUGUUUCAAAUCUCCAUGCUAAUGUUUCGUUCUUUAUGAAAAGUAUACAAAUGAAUGAUACAAAGGACAAUUUAUUUAUUGUUUUAAGCGAAAUGAAACAAGCUGAAAUGGUGCAUUAUAUCUGUGCAUUAGUUAAAUUGAUGAAAGAUUUUUAUUUUAAUAUAAUUCUUAAAGAAGAGGAGCAGAUGACCUAUUCGGGUAAAAAUUUAUUUUCAUAUAAUAGACCUUGUAUUUUAGUGAAUAGAAGGAGUAGGGUAACAAAUACCAAGGGAUAUAAUAAAAAUUUAAGUAACUAUCCUAGUAAGAGUUUUACCAUGAGUUGCAACUGGGAUUGCCUUAACAUGAGCAGUUUUUUUAAGAGUUUAUUUUUGAACAAUUCCGUUAAUAAUUUUAACUGGAAGCAAGGAAAUGUAAAUACAAAUGAAUUUCAAAAAGGAAAAAUUAAUAUAAGCGAUUUAUUAAAAAAAAUUGCAAAAUGUUUUUUCCGUAUAUAUAACAAAUAUAGUAACAGUGUGAGAAAUGGUAAAACCUUUAUGUCAUAUGGUGAAAUUAAAAAAUUAAUAAAAUAUUUUAUUAUAAUGGAUAAAUUUAUGUUAUCUAGUGAUUUGUGUAAAUGCAAUAAUUUAUUUACCCAAAUCCUUGUUAAAGUAAUAAUAAAUAACAAUUAUGUAUAUAAGAGAGAAAUGUUAAGUUAUGGUAUAAAUGAAGAGUGUCCCCUUUUUAAUUCAUGUACUGAGACAUACACUAAUUUCAUGAUGAACACAGACCAUUUUGCAAAGUACGAUUUCCUUACAUGUAAUUUUAAUAAUAAUUUUAAUGUAAAAAAGAGUAGUACGUUGAGGUUAUUAUGUCGUAACAGCGUUAAAAAUACAUUCAGCCUUUUUAGAAGUAAGUAUACCGUUAAUAAUUAUAAAGGAAAAGAUUAUUAUUAUUAUUAUGACGAUGAUUAUUAUUAUGACGAUGAUUAUAGUUGUAACGAUGACCAUAGUUAUUACGAUGACCAUAGUUAUGACUAUCAUUAUCAUUGUAAUGUGUGCUAUGAAAAAUGUAGUAAUACGAAGAAUGCAGAGUACACUGUAUUUGUCCGUCCUUUGAAUAACUUCAGUAGAAGUACAGAAGUACACACAGGAAAGAAAACAUUAAUUGCAUGUAAGUGCAUUUUAUAUAAAUAUUCAGAACGAAAUAGUAUAAAUUACUGCAUUUGUUCCUUUGACAAGGUGACAAAGGUAAAGGGAAAAAAUGAUGAAGGAGAAGAAGACUGUUUAAAAGUGAUGACAAAGUUGAAAAAGUACUACUUAUAUAAUAGUAAAAUAGCUAAUUGUAGAGGUAAUAAUAAAAGGAUUAACAUUUAUGUUAAUAAUGAAUAUUUCCAAAAAUUCCAUAGGGUUUUGUACAAAUGUAGAAGCUUUUUUAGACACGUUAAAAGUAGAUCAAAUUUCCUAGACUUUACAAAAGUUAUACUUAACAAAAAAACAGAUAUAGUUAUUAUUUUAAAUAGAAAGAGAGUGUUUUAUUCGAAAAAGGCUGAUAAAAAUAAUUUAGGCAAGUUACUGUUCUCUUAUUAUUGGAAACGUAAAUUAAAUAAAAAAUGUUUUCAUAGUAAUAGACGAGACUUCUUCCUGUGUAUACCCAUAUUUGACAGAAAUGGUAUUGAUAUUGGGAAUGUCAUGAAAUGUUAUAAGGAUUUUGUAUUUUCUUGCAGCAGCAACGGAGGAGGAGAGGGAAACAAUAAGAACAGCAGUAGUAGCAAUAAUUAUUCUGGGCACAAUUCAGGCAAUAAUUGUAGGGGUAAUAGUAAUAAUAAUUCUAAGAACUAUGAAGGAAACAAUAGCUCAGGAAAUAAUAACAGUGGAAUGGGUGGAAACAGUGGAAGUGGUGAUAACAAUGACGAUAACAACAGCAGCAAUAACAACAACAAUAAUAACAAUAAUAGAGGAGGUAGUGGCUUCUACAUCCAGGAGGAUGAUGAAGAGAAUCGAAAUAGGGGCAAAAACAAUGGCAGUACCAAUAUAGGUAGCAAUGGGAACGAUUUAGCUAAUAACAGUGUGUUAAAUGAAUACAUAUUAAAUGACCAGAGCUACGUAGAUAAGAACAGUAAGAAUAUAAACAACAAAGCAAGUAGUAGUGACAAUGGUACCAAUAUGAAUGACAUUAAAAUGGGUGAUCCGAAUCACAUGUAUAAUAACAACCAUGAGGAAAAUACAAACAGUAUGAUUAAUAAUAAUUGCGUUGACAACGUUUUUGGUAGUAAUGAAAAUAACAUAUAUAAUAAUGAUAAUAAUAAAACUAACACGAUGUAUGUUGGUAAACAGGAAAAUCCAUUUUUCAUUUCAGAAAAUAAAAUGGGUAGCAUUUACAGAAAUACACCAAAUAGUGUUAUUAAUAGAGGUGGUGGUGGAGCAGGCAUAGAUAUGAAUAAUAAUAGUAAUAGUUAUAUCAAUAGUAACAGUAAUAGUAGUAAUAAUUUAAAUUAUAUGAAUUACAUGAAUAGUAGUCAAAAUACAAAAAAUAAUGUGAAUAGCAUGGCCCAGGGGGGAGGGAUGUUAGGUAACAACAGAAUGAACAGUGCCUCAGUAAAUCAGUUAAUGAAUUUUCCAAAUUCCUUUAUGGGUGGGGGAAUGGCACCACCCGUUGGAAAUAUGCGAAGCCAUGGAACACAGAAUAAUAAUAUGAAUUAUGAAUCGUCUGAUAAUACACAGGAAAUAAAACAAUCAUCACAAUUAUUAAAACAUAAACAAAAUCAAUAUAAUAAUAUGAUACCAUCUUCACAAAACCAGAUUGACAAUAAAAUGAAUAUCAUGCAACAACAUAACAUUAAUAAUAGUGGAAAUAAUAAUGUACCUGCGAAUUUUAUGCCGAAUCAUUUACAUCAUCAAUUUCAAAUACAACAACAAAUGCACUUACAACAUUUAUUGCAUCAACAAAAUUUACAGCAAUAUAACUUGAUACAACAGCAAAACCAUCAACCAAAGUAUUCAAAUCAACAAGGAGUACACAAACAGUCAAAUAUGUCUAUACUAAAAAUGCCACAAAUAUUAUCAUUGAAUUCACCUGAACAAAGGAAUAAUAAUAAUCCUAUUUCUCAAAAAAUGACAAGACAAGUAAUGAAUACAGUAGAUCCAUCGAACAGUAAUAAUAAUAAUAAUUCUCAAAAAAAUAUCAACAGUUCAAAUAUAUCAUCAAUUACAAAUAAUAAUUCCUCAAGUCAUGUAAAUUCCAUGUCUUUGAAAUUUCCAUAUAAAAGUAAUAACACUUCUGUACAAAUGAAUAGUGCAAAUAACAACAGUAAUAAUAAUAACUGCAGUAGUAGUAACAGUAACAACAAUACUCUGAAUAAUCCCUCUCAGCAGAACCAAGUUCAAGGUUUAACUAAUCAACAACAACAUCAACAUAAUAACUUAUCGACGCAGAACAGUAAUAAUUUAUCUCACAAUGUAAAUUCAAAUGUGCAAAAUAUACAACAACAUAGUAAUAAUAGUAACACAUUACCCGGUCAGCAGCAAAAUGUAUCACUUUUAAUGUCAAAUAAACAAAAUUCGCAACAGUUAUUACAACCAUCGUCAUCAUCAAAUCAACAAAAGAGUCAACAAUUAUUUCAACACCAACAGGGUGUUCAGCAGCAAAUAAUGCCAACGCAGAAAACGAUGAACACAACAAGUAUAUCUGGUUCAAUUAAUAAUAGACAGUCAAGUCAUAUCCUAUCAUCGCACGCUUCUUUAAAUCAACAGAAUAUACAGCAGAAUAUACAGCAGAAUAUGCAACAGAAUAUGCAACAGAAUAUGCAGCAGUUUAUUCAUAGUGCUCCUGUUCAUAUGUAUCAACAGCAAUCCCCUAUGUUACAAAGAACAAACGCUUCAGCUCCUCAACAUGUGCCACAUCAACAAGUACCUUACGAAUGGAUGUAUAACCCUUACAUGCAACACCAAUAUAUGCUUCAACAAUGUCAGCUAACACCACAACAAUUGUUCAUGCAGCAGCAGAAGCAGCAAAAUAUGUUACAUCAUCAGCAACAGAAUAUAGCACCAUUACAUUUACAUCAACAGAAACAGGGCAUGCCGCAAUUGCAGCAGCAUAAUGUUCCAUAUUUGCAGCAGAAUCAACAACAGCAGCAUAUGCAGAAUAUGGCACAUAUGCAUCAACAGCAGCACAUGCAAAAUGUACAAAAUGCACAAAACGUGCAACACAUACAAAACAUGCAUAAUGUGCAAAAUAUGUCUGUGCAACAAAUGAAUUUCCCAUUUAAACAGGGUGCUUCUCAGAUGUACCCACAUAUGUCCAAGGUCAAUAUAAUGGGAGGAAGUAAUAAUUACGAAUUAAUGGAAAAUAUAAAUGAUAUGCAAAGAAUGAACAAUAAUGUAUCACAUGUUAAAGGAAGUGCAACAGACAUGUUUAAUAGUAGUGGUAAUAAUAUGAAUAGUAAUAAUAAUAGCAAUAAUUAUAGCAACAAUGGGGGUAACAAUUAUGGCAAUAAUAAUAAUAUAUCAGCGGAAGGAGUUAUGGAAGAAGAUAUAUUCGAUAGUAAUUACCAUUGUGAUAUAUGUAAUAAAGAUAUAACACAUACUAUUCGUAUAAGGUGUGCAGAAUGUGUUGAUUUUGAUUUGUGUGUUCACUGUUUUAGUAGCGGAAAAGAAAUGAAAUCAGAUAAAUGUCAACAUUUUAAUUAUCAUAAUUAUAUACCUAUCCCCAAGUAUGAUUUCCCAUUAUAUAAAUUAAAUUGGAGCGCAGAAGAAGAAUUAUUAUUAUUAGAUGGAAUAAGUAAAUAUGGUUUUGGUAACUGGGAACAAGUAGCUGACCUGGUAAAUUCAGCUGCUAAGAUUCCAAAGACAGAUAGAGAAUGUGAAAAUCAUUAUUGUAAUUAUUAUUUAAAAUCAAGUUGUGCACCUUUACCUGAUAAUAAAAGGUUACUUAUUAAACCGGAUGGUAAUCCGUAUGAUAUAGAGCAUGUUGUAGAAAAGAACAUUAAUGAAAAUGAUGAUUAUGUACAACCGAAAUCUAAAAAAAAUAAUAGAACACAAAUUAUUGGUUAUUGGCCAUUAAGAGGAGAUUUUGAUAUUGAAUAUGAUAAUGAUGCAGAGCUUUUACUUGCAGAUAUGGAAUUUAAAGAAUCAGAUUUACCUCAACAAAAAGAAUUAAAGUUACAAGUUUUAGAAAUAUAUAAUUCUAAAUUAGAUGAAAGAAUUUAUAGAAAGAGAACUGUCAUUGAAAGAGGAUUAUUAGACACCAAAUCACAAAUGCAAAAAGAUAAGAAGAGAACCAAAGAAGAAAAAGAAUUAUAUACUGCUUUAAAACCAUUAUCACGAUUUCAUUCUCCUCAACAUCACGAAUAUUUUAUUCAGCUCUUGCUAGAGGAACAGAAACUGCGUCAAAGGUUAACGAAAUUACAAGAAUGGAAAACUUUAGGUCUUCAAAAUAUUGAACAAGUUCAAGAGUAUGAAAUAGAAAAAAAUAGAAGAGCUAAAGAGGCUAUGAAACAACAAGAAACGUGUGAAAAAAUACCAACUAAAUGUUUAAAAAAUACAAAAAAAGAAUAUAAAAUAAAACAAAAAGAGGAUGAAGAAAUCGAAGAUGGUAAAAAAUUAAAUAUAGAUACCUUUUUAGCUCUUGAUUUGUUAAAUGAAAAAGAAGUAGAAUUUUGUAAAAAUAUGAAACUUCCUAUUUUAUUCUUUUUAUUAAUUAAAAGAUUAUUAAUAAUGGAAAUAUGUAAUAGUAAUUUAAAUGUGUUAAAAGAUAUUAAUGAGUUAAAAUUGAAAGGAUACAAGGUCGGUCAGUUGUAUGACUUUUUUCUAAGUUUUGAUAUAAACCAUAAAGAUGACCUAAUAAAUAAUAAUACAAAUAAUAAUGGUAAGAAUAAUACGUACAUGAGAAAAACAGAAGAUAAAAGAAAAAACCUCAGAAAUAAUUUUGAUGUCAGUUCGUAUAGCAGAACUGAAAAUGUGGAAAUGGAUGCACAAAGUGGUGGAAAUAGUGGAAAUAAUAAUGCAAAUCACGAUAAGAGUAAUAGCGGAAACAAUAAUGAAGGUAACGAUAAUAAUAAUGCUAAUGAUGAGAAUGAUGGUAAUAAUAACAAUAGCAGUAAUAACAAUAGUCGUAACAAUAGCAGUAACAGUAAUAACAAUAAUAAGAACAGCAACAAGAGCAUUAACGAUAACAUUAACGAUAACAAUGACGAUAACAAUGACGAUAACAAUGACGAUAACAUUAACGAUAACAAUGACGAUAACAUUGACGAUAACAUUAACGAUAACAUUAACGAUAACAUUAACGAUAACAUUAACGAUAACAUUAACGAUAACAUUAACGAUAGCAUUAACGAUAGCAUUAACGAUAAAAUUAACGAUAACAUUAACGAUAACAUUAACGAUAACAUUAACGAUAACAUUAACGAUAACAGUUUUAGUAACAUUCAGUGUACAAUGAAUACUUUAUCAAAUGAGAACACUAAAAUUGGUGAUAUCCUUCAUACGCAUGAAACAGUGGAAACGAACUCAUCUUUGAAGGAAAAUUCAGUUUCAGGUAAUUUUAAUAAAAAUUUUAAUGGUAACAUAACAAAUAAAGAUUCUAUAUUACCUAAUCAAACUUUUGAUAAAUCCGAUGAAUAUGAACAAUCAUACUUAAUAGACAAGGAGAAAAAUACAAAAGGUACUAUUAUAAAUACCGAAGGGGAGGGAACAGUAAUAGUAACAAAAGAUAAAAAAUGUAGAGACAGAAAAAUAAAAAAAGAAAAAGAAGAAAAAGGGGCAUAUUCCUUGUUAAUGUCAAAGGAUUCUGAUAACAUCAGCACCAAGGAUGAUGAUCUGGAUCCCAAAAGUUCAGAAAAUUUAUGGAGCCCCUCAAAAAAAAACGGUAUAAAAAAAAAAGAAACAUUACUACUAAUGAAGAAGGAAGAUGUAAAAAUGACAAAGGUUCAUAUAACGUUGAAGAAAAAGACAUGGAAGAAGAAGAAGAAGUAG